UUUGGUACAGCAACUGCUUAUUUGGCAAUCAGCGAUAUUUAUGCAUAAAAGAUGCUCAAAAUGAGAUAAAAACAAAUACAAAAAAGGUUGUGUGGCUUCUUCAAUUCCCAGAAGAACUUUGGAGGACGUUGGAAAAUGGUUUCCUGGGACAGCAGCCAGCAGAGACAAGACAGAGCGGAAAGUAGAGGUUCCAGCAUAAAAAAAGCUUACAAAAACGCAACGGCUCUAUCCAUCCAUCUGGCCCAAUUCCUUACGCGUCCUGUUUCAGAAUUUGAAAAAAUCGCAAAAACAGAGUCCAAAAAUCUCACACACAGAAAAUAUCCAAACACCCAAGAUAGAAAGAAAAGUGGGAAGAGAGAAGAAAGCCCAAUUACGUCCUUCCAACUGCAACUGCUUUACCAAAUCUUAAACCCUUCAAAUCUUUCUCAACAAAAAUCCUUUUGUACGUUCCGCUUUCCCCCGCCGUUUUACUUGUUCUCAGUUGCCGUUUUGAUUAGGGUGGCGGAAAUGAGCGCUGAGGUUGAGGCUGCUCAACGUCAUGAUGUUGCCUUGCGAUAAUAACCUUGCUGUAACCAAUGAGUGGUCUCCGCGCGUCGCUAGAAGUCGAUGUCGUCGUUUGCGUCAGAGCCGCACGGUAACUGCCGUGGUUGCGGUUGCCGCGUUGCUUAUUUCCACCACCGCCUGGCUCUCUCUGGUUUUCUCCGGCACCACCACACGUUGCUGGCGUCAUUUCAAGGACUGGGAAGGCAGUCCCCUUUCCCUCUCCCGCUCUCUCCCCUGGUCCUCUUCUCCCAUUCGCUUAUCAAUCCCUGCGCCUCCUCUGUUCCAACCGCCACUAGCCUCUCCUCGAAACCGCAGCCUCUCGGAGCUUGCGGAUGAGAGACAAGAGCUUUUACUAAACGACAUCGUGUUCGGAAUAGCAGGGUCCUCGCAUCUAUGGAAACAACGGAAAGAGUUACUUAGGCUUUGGUGGCGGCCGUUGGAAAUGCGAGGUCACGUCUGGUUAGAAGAGCAGGUCCCACCUGAAGAAGCCGACGAUUCGCUUCCACCACUCAUGGUCUCGGAAGACAUCUCACGUUUCCGUUACACUAACCCAACGGGCCACCCUUCGGGUCUACGAAUCUCCCGAAUUUUAACGGAAUCCUUCGGCCUCCGUCUCCCCGACGUCCGCUGGUUCGUUUUAGGAGACGACGACACGGUUUUCAACGUAGACAAUCUGGUGGCAGUUUUAAGCAAAUACGAUCCUUCCGAGAUGAUGUACAUCGGAACUCCUUCGGAAAGCCACUCUGCCAACGCGUAUUUCAGUCACUCCAUGGCAUUUGGCGGUGGCGGCAUUGCCAUCAGUUAUCCUCUCGCGGAGGCUCUCUCCAACUUCCUUGACGAUUGCAUCGAGAGGUACCCGAAGCUAUAUGGAAGCGAUGAUCGUCUACACGCCUGCAUUACUGAACUCGGAGUUCCUCUCACCAGAGAGCAUGGUUUUCACCAGUGGGAUAUUAGAGGAAAUGCGCAUGGUCUUUUAUCCUCUCAUCCUAUUGCACCAUUCGUUUCAAUCCACCAUGUUGAAUAUGUGGAUCCAUUUUAUCCUGGGUUAACUUCGUUAGACAGUUUAAAACUUUUUACAAAAGCUAUGAGAAUUGAACCCAGGAGCUUUCUACAACGAUCAAUCUGUUAUGAUCGUGUUCGGCGUCUAACUUUUUCAGUUUCAAUCGGUUAUGUUGUUCAAGUGUUCCCAAAUAUUGUGCUGCCUCGUGAGCUAGAACGUUCGGAGCAAACCUACAUUGCCUGGAAUAAAUUAAGACAUCGCAAUGAAUUUGAUCACGACACCAGGGAUUCUUCCAAAUCUGUCUGUAAAAAACCUGUUAUGUUUUUCCUCAAAGAUGUGAUGAAAGAUGCUAAUGCUACAUCGGGGUCAUAUGCUCGGGCAAAAUCCAAAGAUGAUUUGAAAAGAAAGGUUUUCUGCUUUCCAAGUUCCCCUCCGUUGCAAUACGUGCAGAAAAUUCAAGUUUUAGGGUAUCCUCUUGGAAAGAAUUGGCAUCUGGUGCCUCGUCGGUUAUGUUGCAAGGUAAACAAUACCGGUGAUGAACUCCUUAGAUUAACCGUUGGGCAAUGUGAGAAGGGAGCUCUCAGUUCUUCUACUGAUUCUCUGUGAAUGAUGGAGGGAUGCUGUUGAGUAUAUAUAUAGGCUUCAAGAUGGACCUCAAACUAUGUUGUGCUUUAUGCUCUUUAGCCGCAUGGAAAUUUUUUGGGUCUGCCUGGAGAUUGACAUUGGACAUUUUUCUCAUAAUCUUACUUCCCUAUAUCAGAUAUUGCAGUGCUUUGUUUUACUCAGUUGAUAGAGUUGAAGAUUAGACCAACUUCAGCUCAGUCAUUCCAUUCAUUGCCUUCAGUUUUGUUCAGAAGGUAAUUCAUCAUAUACCGAUAGCUAGCAUUUUGAGCUUGCCGAUGAAGUGAGUGAAACUGGUAGUUAUUUGUCGAUAUGAAAUGUUAAAUUAGUUAAUUAUUUUUGAUGCACCUCAAGAUUCUUGGUCUUGUCUGUGCCUUGAUUUAAUUUCAUAGUUUUUGCUUGGGCUUGCUCCAAAUGAAAGGAGAUGUUGAGUCUGGAAGACACCUAAUCCACCAUCUAGGUGAUUGGCCAUGUAAACAAUUUUAGGAGUGGACAAUGGCUAGUUCAGUAAAGGGGAAGAAUCUUAUAUCAAAGCUGAUUCAAAAUAUAUCAAUAAACAUGUUUUGAUGUUCUCAUCUGUUUAAAUUUGAACACUUACGGAUCUCAAGCUUGACCCUGUAAAAAAGGCAUUGUCUGUUUGUUAUUAGCUACUUGGUGCUGUCUAAUUAAUCCUAUUUUACCAUUGCAAGCUGUAUUGAACUUCUUUUUGCCAAUUAGAAUACAGGGCAUUAUAUGUACUCCAGUGUAUUCAAGAGAAUCUUUUAGUUGAUCAUGAUUGAUUCCAUGUGACUGAAUUUAUGCUUUAUAGACUUGAGUUACACAAUAUAUCAUAGUAGCAUAAUUCUUAGCCAGGUGGUUGCUUGUUUUAUAAUUUUCUUUCUUGAAUAAAUGAAUCAUUAUUAUUAAUAGAGGUCACCUAAAGUGAUUACAACUUUUAGCCCCUCUGGAAAUCAGUCUCUACAUCUUGUUUUGAAUGCCUUGUGGAUGCAUUGUCACAAUCUGUCCUGGGUUAAAGAACAAUUCAUUUCUUUAAAUCAUGCGUAUUAAAAGAAACCUUGGUCGAGAACAACUUCUGCUUGAGAGUCUGUGGUUGCAAUCAUUAGCUUAAGUUGUUCUUGUUUUGUCUUCUGAUUUAUAUCCUGUCUUUAACCCUGUGAUUGAAAGAAAACAUGCGCCUUUGAGCAUCUUAAUUAUGUUACUAGGAUAUCUAUCAUUUCCAUGCAUCUAUUCUAUUGCCUUUUCUUCUAGUGCCCCUGACUUUUCCCUGAAGGACUUUCCCCUUGAUUUAUUAGUUCAUUGGCCAUUUGAUCUGAAUUUUCUUCUAAAUUCUAUGUUGAAAAUAGCAUAUUUGCUAGACUUUUUAGGCGUGAAACUACCAGUUGCAUGAUUUUUUUAGCACUGUAAGAGCUGUAUAUAUAAGGAAGUCGGUAAUUUUCUUUUGCCUUUUAGUUCUCUUGAUCAAUGAUUGUUAAACCAAUGAGAUAUAUUGUUCCUCUAUAUUAUGCUACAAAAUGUUGAAAUGAGGUCAGUAGGUGGAAGUAAAACUGGGAUGUCUUUCAAUAAUGCUAUAAUGUCAUUCAAAUAUAAAGCAAUUAACAGGCAGUUUCUCAGUGCUCAGGUCAUCUUGCUUCGUUUACUUUUGAUUCCUUUUCUUCAGCAGUUCUAUCCUUUCUGUGAUGGGUGAUAUGCCUGAUCUGGCAUUCUGAUAAAAGAAGUCUUUAUGUGAAAUUUGGGACAUUAGUUAGCACUUAUUUUCCUCAAAUGCCCAGUAUUAAAAUGAAUCUAUUAUUUCUGCAACAUGUUUGUUAGCACCUGGGAUCUCUACCAAACUGCCAGCCAUCUCUUACAGCCUUUGUUAGAGCUCGGGGGCCAAAUGGACUUGCUUUGUUGUUUGACUUGGCUACAUAAGUUCAGUUGACUCUGAUUAUAAUUGUCAUGUUAUUCAUUUUGGAAUUGUGGCUGGUCCCUCGUUGGGAUUAACAGCAAAAUAGAGAAGGCCUAUAAACUAUUGGCCCUUUUUCUUAAUGGCGAGGUUGCAAUUAAAAGUUAAACUUGCCUGGUUAUAUAUGUGGAGUUCUUUCCCUAGCAUGAAACAAGAACAACAAAAACAUUACGUUUUCUCAUUAGAUUAACAUGUCUGCUUGCAUGAAAAUUUAUGUGACUAACCG